AUGGGAUUUGAGGUUGCUAGAUCUAAAAAGGGGAUACAUCUCUGCCAAAGAAAGUAUGCCCUUGACAUCCUUGAAGAAACAGGAAUGUUGGGAAGCAAACCAUGCUCUACACCCUUUUUGAGCAACACAAACUCAUUAUAUAAAACAGAGAAUUAUAUGGAUAAUCCUAGUGCCUAUCGCAGAUUAAUAGCGAAGCUUUUCUAUUUGACUAAUACUAGGCCUGACUUGUGUUUUACUGUUAACUUAUUAAGUCAGUUUAUGCAGGAGCCUACUAAUUAUCACUAUCAAGCCUUGCAACAUAUUUUAAGAUAUGUCAAAUCCAGCCCUUUAGAAGGACUCUUCUUUGCAGCUGACUCUGACAUACAGAUUAAAGGGUUCAGUGUUUCGGAUUGGGCCACUUGCCCUAACACAAGAAGGUCAACUAUUGGUUAUUGUGUUUUCCCAGGAUCCUCAGUGGUUUCAUGGAGGUCAAAGAAACAAAGUAUUGUAUUAAGAUCAUCUACUGAAGCAGAGUAUCGUGCUCUUGCUGCCACUAUUUGUGAGAUGCAGUGGCUUCACUACCUCCUACAAGACCUUCAAAUUCAGCCCACUUCUAUUGUUGUCCUCUACUGCGACAGCAACUCCGCCAAACACAUUGCCCACAACCAGAGUUUCCAUGAGCGAACCAAGCACUUGAGUUGGAAUGCCACGUGGUUCGUGAGAAGAUUCAAGCCAAAUUUCUACGCCUUCUUCCCAUUCGAUCAGAAGAGCAGCUAG